AUGGCGAGUAUCUCAAUCGACGCAGACACUACCAUACAGAAGGUAAUUGACCCAAUGCUGUCAAUACCGCUAUUCAGUCUUAGUUUUCCCGACGACAAGAACCAAUCCAACCUUUAUCCUAGAGAAGCGCCGAUCACAGAGUCUGAGAAUUCUGCUAUUUCCAUGCUGAUGAGCCAACUCUCAAGUAAACCAGAAAAUACUCGAAUCCCGAAGAUCACCACUGGAUCAAGACUCGCAUUCGAGAUCAUCCUAACUUCUGCGGACACGUUCGUCGUUAAUUAUCUCCCGAGCAGUGACUUGAAAGCAGAUGUCCGAACCGUCGCAGGAGACCAUGCUGCAAUGUCAAAAAUCUGCGCAGAUUUUGAAGCAGCUGUUCCACACGUAGCAAACCAGAGACAACAUGAUCUUCUUACACAAUACAUCGAGAGCUUUCGAACAGGGAGUCUCGAUGCAUAUCGUUAG